GGGUAUUUAAAAUGAUGUCAUUUAAAAGGCUUGCAGUGUCGCUAAGCACCCUUCAAAAGCUGUCGGAGGCUUACAGAUGGCACCAUACUAGUUUGACAAAUGAGUUGAUUGAAACCAUGGACAAAAAAGCAACAUGGGACAGAUUCUACACAGAAAAAGGAAGCAAAGGCCAAUUCAAGAAUUUUGAAUGGUUCUUCGGAUUUCACUCAGUUAAGGACUUCAUUCUUCCUGUACUUGGGACCAUGUCUCAUUCCCACCGUGGCCCAUUCAACAUCCUGGACAUGGGUUGUGGCACAUCCGCAUUAGGACCCUGUAUCUACAGAGCGUCUCCGUGUGCUGUAAAGGUUACUUGUGCUGAUAUCUCCCCGGUGGCAGUGAGACUUAUGGAGAAGCACACUAAUUCUGCUUCAGUACAACCAUGCAACCCAUCCUCUGCUCUUGCUUUCCUGGAACUUGACUGCACACAGUUGAGAGGACACUUUGGGACCAGAAGCCUGGACAUGAUAUUGGACAAGGGUACUACUGAUGCUUUAGUUAGGUCUACAGAAGGUAAAGCUAAGGCUGGACAGAUAGUGAGGCAAUGCUUACAGGUGCUGAAGCCCUCAGGGAUUCUCUUACAGUUCUCAGAUGAGGAUCCUGAUGCCAGGCUUGUAUGGCUAGAAAGACAAGUUAGAGGAGCAGAACUGACAGCUGAUGUAGGAUUUCGAGAGGUGGGAGAAUUGAGAGGGGUCAGUUAUUUUUGCUAUGAGAUUUCUCCUUGUACACCCCACUCUUAAAAGACAAUGCAUUCAAAUUUCUCUGCCUUCUAAAAGGGUUUCUAAGUGACAAAACAGUCUGUCUAACAAUACUGAACACUGAUAAUAUAAAUAUAUAUAUAUGUAAAUGUAAAAGUCUGUUUACAUUCUUUGCAUCAGAUGAAGA